AUGACAGAAUAUUUUCAAGCAUAUUCAAAACCAAUGGUUAAAGCAACACCAUCAAUAUAUGAUCCAAAUUUAAUUGAAAGUUCGCGUUUACUUUUAAAUUUAUAUUUACACCUACAAACAAUUAUUAGAGCAGUUCGAGAUAGUCUUGAAGCACGAGAUUGGCAAACAAAUGCAUUUAAAUUUAAAUUAGUUGACUAUAGUCAAUGGUUUUCACCAAUAAUGAAAUUUUUAUUAGAAGGUUUCGUUGCAUGUAUUAGACAAACAAUGGAAAGAGCAGUAGAAGAUGAUAAUGAACUUUGUCAAACGUGGGAAGAAAUUGAUUAUCCUGAUAUAAAAAUACGCUAUACAGCACUUAUUAAAUUAACAAAUACAAUAUGUGAACAAUGUCAACAUUAUGCAAGACGUAUAGCGCAUAAAUUAUCGGAAAAUAAAUAUUUUACUGAGUUAACUUGUACACGAUCAUUUAAUGUUUCAAAAAAAUUAUGUAUAUUAGUUAAUGAUAUUGAAUAUGUUAAGCAAAAACUUCUUUCAUCUUUACCACGUUUAUUAAAUUUCUUGUCUGUUAUUGAUAAGAUGAUUGAAGAGUAUGAUCGAACAGAUUUUCCAGAAACAAAAGUAACACUUGCAGGUUUAAUAUCAACAGCUGAACAUGAAAUGAAUGAUGUUAUUAAACUUAUAUUUGAACGUGUUACUGUAUUAUUUUAUGAAUCUUUAAAAGAUAAAAUUUCCAAAUACUAUGAAGAUGAAAAACGUAAAAAAGUCGACGUAAGAAAAUAUACAAAUAAAUAAAUAUAGAUUUUUUUUUCNUUUACGACACGAAAGCCAUCAUCUGAUUCGUCGACCGAGAGUGGACGACGGACAGAAGGUAAUGAUGAAUUAACAAGAUGUAAAUUUGAUGUUGAGGAUGAUCGUGGUGUAAUAGCAUGAUUUUCACUUUUUUUAUUUAAAUUAGCAUCUUCUUUAAGAUCAUGGUCCAAAUGAGGAUCCAAAACAUUAUUUAAGUUCGAAGAUAACAUAUUAUCUAGUUCAGACACUAUAACAUCAUCAUUUGAUAAUUGUAAACGGUGUACAUCAUCAAUGUUCAAAUCAGAAACUGAAUGUAAAGUCAUUAUCAAUGACUUGUAAUUCAGUAUAAAGAGAAAAUCAAUAUAAUUAGUUGAUUAAUUUUCUCGAUCACACACAGAGCGCGUGAUUAAGAUAUAUGUAUAUACGAAGGAAAAGAAAAAGACGUAAAUCGACUUAUCAGUAGAUAUAACGAAUCACGAGUGAUGAAGUUACCUAUUUAAUGCACUUUAUAGCAGAGUUUCAUCAAUGAACUAUGACCGAAAGAUUUCUAGAAAACCAAAAACCAUAUUUUUCAAGUCCUGGCAAGACGUUGUUGAAAUAAUUUCUCAACAAUACCAUGUUAAAGAGCCCAAAACUCUAAACAAAAUGAUGGAUCGCCGCAUUUUCUACGACCUUCCAUUAAAAAGUUACAACCAACACAAAAAAAAAGAAUCGAAAUUAAUCAAAAACUCGAUGAAAAUCUACUAAAAAAUCACUUUUUUUAUUUUUUGUGAUGCUUGUAACUUUUUAAUAGAAGAUCGUAGAAAAUGCGGCGACCUAUCAUUUUGUUCAGAAUUUUGGGCUCUUUAAUAUGGCAUUGUUGAGAAAUUAUUUCAACAACGUCUUGCCCGGACUUGAAAAAUAUGGUUUUUGGUUUUCUAGAAAUCUUUCGGUCAUAGUUCAUUGAUGAAACUCUGCUAUAAAGUGCAUUAAAUAGGUAACUUCAUUGGUUAUCAGAAUCACUAUUUGGAUUUGAGCUAACUGUUGAGUAUUAUAGAAAAAAUCAAGAAUAAAGUGGUUCUAUAUUUUUGGCCAGUACUGUAGUUAACACAAUGAUAAUAAGGAAACACUUGGCAAGUCUCGUUCCUAGUGAGAUGUAGAGCUCAAACAAUAACAGAUCGUUAGCAUUAUAUAUGCGCCAUAACUGGUAAAAAGGUCUCGUUUUUCUGAUAUCUGUUUCAAGCUAUGCACACAAAUAAGUAUUGGGGUAUCACGGUGGUUGAGCACGCUUAUAUACAUUUAUAUAUAAAGAAUAAAUAUAAAAAAUAUAUAUAAAGUAUAGAAAUUUUGAAUUAUUUUGUAAUUCUGUUGCGUCAUGAACUCAAAAAUUCAAAACAUCAAAACUACAGUGGUCCUAUAAUUUUGACCACCACUGUAAGAAAAAUUCUUUAUCUUCCCAGAGAGCUAUCGACUGUUUUACUCAAAUUCGUGUAAUUCAGUAACUAAAAGGUUUCGCGAGCUAAAUUGGAUUUCUCUCUACUAUUUUGAAUACAAAAUUUAUGCCAUUGAACUUUAAACUACUUAGGGCAUACCAAAAGUAGUGAGGGAGAUACCUUUUUUUCCUUAAGCAGGGGCGUAAAUAGGGGGGCGCGCGUGGGGCGUAACGCCCCCCCCCCUGCCUCCGAAAAUUAAUGGGGAAAAAAGGGUUUACGCCCCCCUGCUUUUCAAAAUUUCGGGUUUUUUGGCGAUGAAAAUAGGGUUGCGCCCCCCCCCCCCCCCCCCCCCCCCCCCCCCCCCCCCCCCCCCCCCCCCCCCCGGCGCCCCUCCCCCGCCCGGCCGCCCCCACCACGCGCCCCCGACCCCCCGCCCC